GUCACCUCUCGAUACCUGGCCACCAACCUAAUCUCCUAAACAAGAAAUCAAACUAGAGGGAGAAAAAGAGAAAGGAUGGAGUUACUCUCAGCCCAAGUGCAGGGCAUGCCCUCCGCAGCAAAGACGACGGCUUCAUCCACUUCGUCGGAGAAAUUUACUUAUUCCUCACCCUCCUCCUUCUCCCAGUUCAUCUCUUUGUCCACUCAGAAUUCCUUCUCCAAAGGCCAAUUCAGCACCUCCCCCCUUCUCCGGCUCUCUCCACGCCUUAGAACAAGAGAAAGGACAGGAUCCCCCAUCUGUGUUCUGCCACUGACUGAAGAGAAUGUUGAGAUGGUAUUGGAUGAGGUGCGGCCAAGCCUGAUCGCAGAUGGAGGGAAUGUGGCUCUUCAUGAAAUUGAUGGCCUUGUUGUGGUGCUGAAACUUCAAGGGGCUUGUGGCUCAUGCCCGAGCUCGACCAUGACACUGAAGUUGGGGAUUGAGACUCGGCUCAUGGAUAAGAUACCAGAGAUUAUGGCUGUUGAGCAAAUUCUUGAUACGGAGACUGGGCUAGAACUCAGUGAGGAAAAUGUUGAGAAGGUUCUCUCAGAGAUAAGACCAUACUUAGCAGGCACUGGAGGAGGUGCCCUAGAACUACAUAAGAUCAAUGGCUACAUUGUAACAGUCAGAUUGAGUGGACCUGCAGCUGGAGUCAUGACUGUAAGAGUAGCUCUUUCUCAGAAACUGAAAGAAAAGAUACCUUUGAUUGCAUCAGUUCAUCUUAUAGAAUAACAUACUUGAAUCAAGGUUUUUGAUAAAUUUAUAUAUUCUGUACUGUACAGGCUACUUUAUUUAAAGCAGAAAUCCUUCUGUC